AUGGUCACGCAGCAGCGGCGGAUUAGCAUUAUUAUUGUUGUGGUGCUUUUGGCACUUUUAAUCAUUUUACUUGCAUGCAACCUAGGAAAAACCCAACAUGACAACUGCAAUUACAACCUGGUCAAGAAGAAGACUUUUGGAGUGGAUCUCUCUUUUUGGAAGAAGUUCUUCAAGCAUUUGAUACCGUUUACUAGUUCGAGUGUCACAAUGCAAUUCAUACUCUUCAAGCGGGAUUUCGCGGACUGCGGAAAAGAAUUGUUCACAGGCGAUGUAGUAAACCUGAAUAACUCAGGCUUCAAUGCACGUCACCAAACGAGAAUUGUUAUUCACGGCUGGAUGAGCCAGAGCAGCUCUGACCAUGUAAGAAAGCUAAAGAACGCUUAUUUGAGCCUAACCAAUCCGGGUAUCAAUGGAGAACCAGCUCGAUACGAAGACUUCAAUGUGAUUGUCUGCGACUGGAGCAGGAUUUCCUCGAAUAUUAACUAUUACAAGGUGGUCAAGUCGGUAGAGGAUAUGGGUGCCCUGCUGGCUGAUCUGGUGCGAUAUCUCCAUCAGGAGGCAGACAUGCAUUAUGACGAUGUCUACGUGAUUGGACACUCGCUGGGAGCUCAAAUUGCUGGAAGUGCUGGCAAGCAGAUCAUGCCACAUCGCUUUAACACCAUAUAUGCCCUGGAUCCGGCGGGUCCUCAGUUCCGAGAGAAGAGCGAUGAAUAUCGCAUAGAUGCCAGUGAUGCUUCCUAUGUGGAGUCCAUUCAAACCAGCGAUAGUUUUGGUUUUGAACAGCCCGUGGGACACGCCACAUUCUAUCCCAACUAUGGAAAAAGUCAAAAGAAGUGCUAUAUGUAUGGCUGUUCGCAUAAGAGAUCUCAUGAUUAUUUCAUUGAGACCCUGACGAGUCCGGCGGGAUUUUGGGGAUCUCGCUGUAAGCGUUAUGAAAAUGGCACCUGGGUUCUCCUAAUGAGCGAUGAAGAAUUCCGUAUGGGUGGCGAACCCUCGAUUCCGAAGAAUGGAACCUUCUAUGUGAAAACAUACUCAGAGCCACCUUAUGCCAUGGGUCACAGGUGGCAAACGGAGCCACCUCCACGGGAGGAGAAAGAAAACAUAACCACAGGGGGAAUUAAUACAGUGUUUUAA